GCGGGUCUACUGUUCGGUUGUAUAUUUUGAUUAGAGUUAUUGCUCUCUGAGGCUUGACGAAACUCAUUUCCUUGUGCCUGGUUGGUCUCUUAGCAGGAAGUUGCUGUCACGGACCGAAGCCGUCGCCUUGCCCUCACUGCUCUCUGUUUUAUCCUCAUCGUGUAGUGUGAGUGCGGCUCCACCGAGAGAGCGGUGCAAUGAUAAAAGCCGCAUAUGCGGUAGGCUGCUACCCACUUAUCGGGCAGGAAAAUACCCACAAAACCACCUCACCCCGGUUCUCCUCGCAACACAGCCUUAUCAACGACUCAGAGCUGAACCUGAAGUGCCAGUAGAACCAUGUCGAAGCCAACGGGGGGCGGUGUCAACGAUGUCACCCGCUUACUGAUAUCAGGGGCGGCACAGCCAGGGUCUCCCACCUCCAACUCUAUGUUCUCAGCCGCCAGCCAGGCUGACUGGGCAGCUAAGAGGCUGGUGUGGGUGCCGUCGGAGAAGCAUGGCUUUGAGUCGGCCAGUAUCCGGGAAGAGCGCGGUGAUGAGGUCGAGGUCGAGCUAACAGACAGCCAGAGGAAGGUGACUCUGUCCAGGGAGGAGGUGCAGCGGAUGAACCCCCCGCGCUUCAGCAAAGUGGAGGACAUGGCCGACCUCACCUGUCUCAAUGAAGCCUCGGUGCUGCACAACCUGAGAGAGAGAUACUACUCUGGCUUGAUAUAUACCUAUUCGGGGCUGUUCUGUGUGGUGGUGAACCCUUAUAAGAACCUGCCCAUCUACACAGAGUCCAUCGUGGAGAUGUAUCGGGGCAAAAAACGCCACGAGAUGCCCCCACACAUCUACGCCAUAUCAGAGGCCGCCUAUCGCAGCAUGCUACAAGACAGAGAAGAUCAGGCAAUCCUUUGCACAGGCGAGUCUGGAGCUGGGAAAACAGAGAACACUAAGAAAGUCAUCCAGUAUUUGGCUCACGUUGCCUCCUCCCAUAAGGGCGGCACUCUGGGUAGGAACAAGGAAGCUGUGCAGUUGGACGGUUCUCGCUCCUUAACAAGAGGCAGUACUUUGGUGAACAGGAGUAUGCAAUAUGGCGAGCUGGAGAGACAGCUGCUACAGGCCAACCCAAUACUGGAGGCCUUCGGCAACGCAAAGACUGUCAAGAACGAUAACUCCUCUAGAUUUGGUAAAUUCAUCCGCAUCAAUUUUGAUGUGGGGGGGUACAUUGUUGGUGCCAACAUCGAGACCUACCUCCUUGAAAAGUCCCGGGCCACCCGUCAGGCCAAAGACGAGAGGACGUUCCACAUCUUUUACCAGUUGUUGUGUGGCACUUCAGAUGAGACAAAGGCGGAUCUGCUGUUAGGUACUGCUGAUGAGUACCGCUUUCUCAGUGGAGGCUCCAUCCCUGUUCCUGGUCAGAGCGAUUCAGAGAACUUCACCCAGACCAUGGAUUCCAUGGCUAUAAUGGGCUUCACCCCAGAGGAGUCGAUAUCCAUGCUUAAGUUGAUCUCUGCUGUGCUCCAGUUUGGGAACAUUUCCUUCAUGAAGGAGAAGAACCAUGACCAGGCCUCGAUGCCUGAUAACACAGCUGCUCAGAAACUGUGCCAUCUGCUGGGCGUCAACGUGCUGGAGUUCACUCGGGCCAUCCUCACUCCCAGAAUCAAAGUGGGUCGAGAGUAUGUGCAGAAGGCCCAGACAAAAGAGCAGGCUGACUUUGCUGUGGAGGCCUUGGCGAAGGCCACAUAUGAGCGUCUGUUCAGGUGGCUGGUCCACAGGAUCAACAGGGCUCUGGACCGCAGACAGAGACAGGGAGCCUCCUUCAUAGGAAUCCUUGAUAUUGCUGGAUUUGAGAUCUUCCAGCUCAACUCCUUUGAGCAGCUGUGUAUCAACUACACCAACGAGAAGCUGCAGCAGCUCUUCAACCACACCAUGUUCAUCUUGGAGCAGGAGGAGUACCAGCGCGAGGGCAUUGAAUGGAACUUCAUUGACUUUGGUCUUGAUUUGCAGCCCUGCAUUGACCUCAUUGAGAGACCGGCCCACCCCCCUGGUGUUCUCGCCCUGUUAGAUGAAGAGUGCUGGUUCCCGCGGGCGACAGACCGCUCAUUUGUGGAGAAACUGUCUGCUGAGCAAGGCAGCCAUCCAAAAUUCUUCAAACCAAAGCAACCACGCGGAGAAGCUGAUUUCUCCAUCAUUCACUAUGCUGGCAAGGUGGACUACAAGGCACAUGAUUGGUUAGUGAAGAACAUGGAUCCUCUGAACGACAACGUGGCAUCACUUCUCCACCAGUCGUCUGAUCAUUUUGUCUCAGAGCUUUGGAAGGAAGAUAUUCAAACUCUUCCUCGUGUAUACUUCUUUGACUCCUAUGCCACACUACAAGCUAAUGGCUCCGACAUGGACAGGAUCGUGGGUCUGGACCAGGUGUCUUCAGGAGAGAACAGCGGGCCGGUCACGUUCGGAGCGGCAGGGCUGAAGACAAAGAAGGGAAUGUUCAGGACUGUUGGUCAGCUUUACAAGGAGUCGCUCACAAAGCUGAUGGCAACGCUGAGGAACACCAACCCCAACUUCCUCCGCUGCAUCAUCCCCAACCACGAGAAGAAGGCCGGUAAGCUGUCCCCCAACCUGGUUUUGGACCAACUGAGGUGUAAUGGAGUUCUUGAGGGGAUCCGUAUCUGCAGACAAGGCUUCCCUAACCGCAUCCCAUUCCAGGAGUUUAGACAGAGAUAUGAGAUCCUGACUCCGAAUGCUAUUCCUCGCACCUUUAUGGAUGGCAAACAGGCAUCAGAACUCAUGAUCAGAGCUUUGGAACUGGAUCACAACCUGUUCAGGGUGGGUCAGAGUAAAGUCUUCUUCAGAGCCGGAGUCCUGGGUCACCUGGAAGAAGAAAGAGACCUAAAGAUCACUGACACCAUCAUACGCUUCCAGAGCGCCUCCAGAGGCUACCUCGCACGCAAAUCCUUCCUGAAGAAGCAGCAACAGCUGAGUGCUCUGAGGGUGAUGCAGAGGAACUGUGCUGCUUACCUCAAACUCAGGAACUGGCAGUGGUGGCGGCUGUUUACCAAGGUGAAGCCCUUGCUGCAGGUUACCCGGCAAGACGAAGAAAUCCAGGUAAGAGAAACCGAGCUCCAGAAGGCCAAGGACAAUCUCACUCGAGUGGAGCAGGACUACACAGAGCUGGACAAGAAACAUGCUCAGCUCAUCGAGGAAAAGGCCGUGCUGGCUGACCAGCUGCAGGCAGAGGCGGAGCUGUUUGCCGAGGCAGAGGAGAUGAGGGCCAGGUUGGCCAGUCGAAAACAGGAGCUGGAGGAGGUGCUGGGCGAGCUGGAGAGUCGAUUGGAGGAAGAGGAGGAGAGAGGCGUGCAGCUGACCAAUGAGAAGAAGAGGAUGCAGCAGAAUAUUCAGGACCUGGAGGAGCAGUUAGAGGAGGAGGAAGGUGCCCGACAGCGCCUCCUGCUGGAGAAAGUUACCCUGGAGACCAAAGUGAAGAGUCUGGAAACCGACUUGCUGAAUGCAGUGGAGCAGAGAGAACGACUCAGCAAGGAGAAGAAACAGCUGGAGGAGCGUCUGGCCGAGGUAACCGAUCAGCUCACUGAGGAAGAGGAGAAAACCAAAAGUCUAAACAAACUCAAGAACAAACAGGAGGCUGUCAUUGCUGACCUAGAGGAGCGCUUGAAGCGUGAGGAGCAGGGGCGCUUGGAGCAGGAGAAGUGGAGGAGGAGGAUGGAGAACGACACGAUGGAGGCCCAGGAGCAGCUGUCAGACCUGGGCAUGCUGUCUGCUGAGCUGAGGGGCAGUCUGGCUCAGAAAGAGAAGGAAAUCACCACCCUGCAGGGCCGGUUGGAGGAAGAAGGAGCGCGUCGUGCGGAGGCUCAGAGGGCGCUAAGGGAGGCCAUGUCCCAGGUGUCUGAGUUGAAGGAGGAAGUGGAAAAUGAACGAGGGAUGAGGGAAAGGGCGGAGAAACAGAGGCGAGACCUGGGAGAGGAGCUGGAGGCUUUGAGAACUGAGCUGGAGGACACUCUGGACACCACAGCUGCCCAGCAGGAACUAAGGUCUCGCCGGGAGGCGGAGCUAAAUGAUCUCCAGCGGUGUGUUGAAGAGGAGACUCGCCGCCACGAGGCCCAGCUAUCAGAAGUCCGAGUCAAACACAGCGCUGCCAUAGACAGCCUCCAGGAACAGCUGGAUAAUGGCAAAAGAGCACGUCAGUCCCUGGAGAAGGCCAAAGCCAUGCUGGAGGAGGAGAGGCAGAAUUUGAGCUCUGAGCUCAAGAGCCUCCAAGCGAGCCGCAUGGACAGCGAGAGAGGCCGCAAAAGGGCCGAGGGUCAGCUGCAGGAGCUCGGCGCCCGCCUGACUCAGGCUGACAGAGAGAGGGAGGAGAAAGAAGAGCGAAUACACAAGUUACAGUGUGAGAUUGAGUCUCUCUCCAGCAAUCUGUCCUCCUCUGACACUAAAACACUUCGUCUCACUAAAGAAGUCAGCAGCCUCGAGAGCCAGCUGCAUGAUACAAAGGAACUGCUGCAGGAUGAAACUCGUCAAAAGAUGGCUCUGGGCUCGAGGGUCCGAGCACUUGAGGAGGAGAAGAAUGGACUAAUGGAAAGACUUGAGGAGGAGGAGGAGAGAGCCAAAGAGUUGACCCGGCAGAUUCAGACUCAUACCCAGCAGCUGGCAGAGCUUCGCAAGCAGUCAGAGGAGGUGAACACUGCGGUGGAAUCCGGAGAGGAGACGCGCAGGAAACUCCAGAGAGAGCUGGACAUCGUCAUCCAGAGGGAGCGACAGAAGGAGGAGGAGAAGGAGCGGGUGGAGAGGCAGAGGGAGCGACUAAGGGAGGAGAUAGAGGACAUGACACUUGCUCUGCAGAGAGAGAGACAGAACUGCACGGCCCUGGAGAAGAGGCAGAAGAAGUUUGACCAGUGUCUGGCCGAGGAAAAGGCGGUGAGCGCUCGGCUGGCAGAGGAAAGGGACAGAGCAGAAGCAGACAGCCGAGAAAAGGACACAAGAUAUCUGGCACUUUCCCGAGCCCUACAGGAGGCCCAGGACCAGAGGGAAGAGCUAGAGAGGUCCAACAAGCAGUUGCGUCUGGAAAUGGAGCAGCUUGUAAACCAGCAGGACGACGUCGGCAAGAGCGUCCAUGAGCUGGAGCGCACCCGCAGGAGCUUAGAAACAGAAGCCCAGAACCUGCGAGUUCAGACGCAGGAGCUGGAGGAGGAGCUGAACGAGGCAGAGAACUCAAGGCUGAGGCUGGAGGUCACUCUGCAGGCGCUCAAGGCUCAAUUUGAGAGGGAGAUAAGCAGCAACGAGGAGAAAGGAGAGGAGAAGAGGAGGGCACUCAGCAAGCAGGUGAGAGAGUUGGAGAUCCAGCUGGAGGAGGAGAGGAGUCAGCGGUCUCAGGCUGUGUCCAGCAAAAAGCAGCUGGAAGCAGAACUGCAGGAAGCCGAGACCCAGGUGGAGACAGCCAGCCGCGGGAAAGAGGAGACUGUGAAGCAACUAAGGAGGCUGCAGGGUCAAAUGAAGGAAGUUGUGCGUGAACUAGAUGAGAGCAAGUUAUCUCGGGAAGAGGUGGCCGCACAGUCGAAAGACAGCGAAAAGAAGAUCCAAACUCUGGAAGCAGAAGUCCUUCAGUUAACUGAAGAGCUUACUGUAUCAGAGAGGCAGAGGAGACAGGCUCAGCAGGAGAGAGAUGAGAUGGCCGAUGAAAUGGUCAACAGCAGCUCUGGAAAGACCGCUCUGUUUGAAGAGAAGCGGAGGUUAGAAGCGCGAGUCACUCAGCUGGAGGAGGAGCUGGAGGAGGAACAGAGUAACUCUGAACUGCUGGCAGAGAGACAAAGGAAGACUGCUUUACAGGUGGAGACUCUAACCGUGCAGCUGCAGGGAGAGAGGACAUUGACCCAGAAGGCAGAGGUGGCUCGGGAGCAGCUGGAGAGACAGAACAAGGAGCUGAAGACCCGACUGGGGGAGAUGGAGGGAGCAGUAAGGGGCAAACACAGGCUCAGCGUCGCCGCCCUGGAGGCCAAGAUCGAUUCAAUGGAGGAGCAGCUGGAACAGGAGAGACAAGAACGGGCCAUUGCCAACAAGCUGAUGCGAAAGACAGAGAAAAAACUGAAGGAGGUGAUGAUGCAGGCAGAAGACGAGAGAAGACACGCAGACCAGUACAGAGAACAGCUGGAUAAAUCCAUGGUCCGACUAAAGCAGCUGAAGAGGCAGCUGGAGGAGGUGGAGGAGGACAACUCUCGCUCCAACGCCCAGAAGAGGAAGCUGCAGAGAGAGCUGGAGGAGCUCUCCGACAGCAGCCAGAGCAUGACACGAGAGAUCACCACCCUCCGCAGCCAGCUCAGCAUCCCUGAAUGGAGACCAGAUCAGUAGGUCAAUGCGUGCUCCGUUGCCCCUGGCAUUGCGUGGACGCAGAGCGCUGGUAGACGACCUCUCGUUGGAGAACUCUGACUCGGAGGAGCCCCCUGCCUCGCCGACCCCCUCCUCUGGACUCCCAGGGACCCCAACUCCCUCCUCUGAACAUAGCCUGGACCCUCCACCGCCCUACAGCGUCAACAGUACUGAGUGACGCACAUAUAGACUCAGUUACACACACACACACACACACACACACACACACAAACACAUCGGCCACUCACUUCAGCCACUCACAGCCUUGACUGCUCAGGGGUUAAGGAGUGACGUGCACACAGCACAUGUCAACACUGUACUUUAUAAAAGUAAAAAUUUAGGAUGACUACAUCAGGCGCUACAAAACAAAAACAACCUCACUGAAAAAAAAGAGUCAACUGGAAUACAUUUUUAUUUUGCAACAAACUGGGACAUAAAAAAACGACAUAACAAAGACUGGAAAUUUCUACAUUACAUCUUUGUAAUGCACUUCUGAAAAACUGAACAACAUUUCCCAGAGUUCCGAGGAGAAAUUGAAUCAGUAUCAACUAAUUUCAUGAAGCUGUACGGUAAUUAAAAGGCAGAAAACUUCAUGGUGGUCACUUCUUUUAGAUUUUGAGGUACUUAAAAGCUAAGCCAUGUUGUGAACCCUUUGAUGGAGGAUUAUAUCUACAAUCUGAUUUCGUAAAGGGCUGCCGAAGGAAAAUACUUCUGAAACGUGUUGAGACAAUCUCUAUACAUGUAACACAAGGCAGUCGACAAGAGAAGUAAAAUGCACACAUUAAACCGUGUGAUUUUACAUGUCGGCUUGAAAAAAACUUUAAAUAAGAAACAUCUGGAAAACAAAGUAAAAAAACAUUGGAACAUUUUGGUUGAGUUAACAAAAAAGAAAUGGCAAUUAGUUACCAAUAUUUAAUCAACAUUUUAUUGUAAAUGGUUUAACAGAAACUGGUAAACAUUAUACUAAGUUCCAUAACAUAUUAUCUUAUUUUCCUAAUUCGUCAAAAUUGCAGAGACGCAAACAGUUGACCAUAAAAAACAGCCAACAUGCAGUAAAGCUGCAUUAAAUUUGUAUUGAAUGAAUAAAUCAUUUUUCUGUAGAUUAGAAACAGUAUGUGGUUAGACAAAGCAGUAGGUAGUGUUAGUUUCUUUAAAUAAAAUCCCGACAUAUUGCUUCAGAAAUUUGAAUUUGUAUAAUUUAUACUCAAUGUGAACUUAAGUUAUUGGUAGCUGGUUAUUUUCUGUACUAUACUCUUCUCAUCUUGUGGGGAAGCACGUGAGUCUGAUCGUUGCUGCUCCUGCUGGUGCUGAUGUCGUCCUGAACUCAGCGUUACAGCGUCAAGUCUCAGAGGUGAAUUUGUAUUGAAGACCUUUCUGGUGCAUAACUGCUUUGACUGGUUAAAGUCCUUGCUGGUGUAGUAAAGUAAAUGUUUGGAUUGUCGGCCAAGGCAACAUAACUAAAAAUAACCUGUGGAAUACUGUGUUAGUUGAUUUGACUUUUUAUCCGAAACAGAAAAAAUUGUGAGAAUGGAUCUUUUUUUUCUUUUUUUUAAACUGAUAAACACAUCACAUUUUAUUUUGACAAGCAUAUUGUACAUUGUAAUUUUGAUUUUUACUGAUUAGCUGUGUAAAUUAUUGAUCAAACAAAGCUUUUGUGUUAAACCAAAUGGUGGGUGUAUGGAUGAGAAAAAGGGACUUAAAUAAGUAGUAAACGUAGAGUAGCUGUAGAAUAGAUAACGGGAGUCUCCACUGGACCUUCUCAGUAGAAUAAACUCAGCCUCUGAUCGUUCCUGUGUAGAAUAACUGAGCACGAGACUCAAAGCAUUUUCAAAAGCUAGUAGUAUUAGAUAAAAAAUGACAAUGGAGGCACUGAGGAAUGAUUUUUUUUAUGAAGUAAACAGCAAGUAGAACAUAAAUUAGAUUUCUUUUUUUUUUUACCCUAUCGACUCAAAAUGACAAACGUGUGUGAUGUCAACCAAAACAAGCAGCUCGAUGACCCUGCUGUGAAACAGUCACUGGUUUUGUGAAACCUGGUUCAAAUAUUUUUCUUUUGGUGAAACAUCUCUAUUUUCCUCCGCAUUUUUUAUUUAUUGUUUAGCAGACAGUUCUACGGGUCCUAUUUAAAUUUGUUCAUGACCUUUAGCACCUGUUUGCUUGUCAUAGCUCUAAGGCUGUCCAGAGAGUUAAUGUGAUGUCUAGAUUUGAUAUAGACACUAAUAACAAUUUUAUAAAGAUGUUAACAUUCAAUUGAAACUAAAGAAAGAUAAAGAUGAAUCACAAAUGUUGCUUUUAAUGUUUUCAUUUUAUUUUGGUUCUAUGGCAAAGGAUUAAUGAUCCUGUAAGUGUUUACCAUUGAUUACACACACAACCUAUGGAGUAGUUUUUGGUUAUCAGGGUUGUUAUCACUGCUCCGUCCUCUUUCUUCUGUUUGAAAUAAAAGGGGGCAUAUUUGAAUGAAACUGCAAUGCAGUUCCCAUAUCUAUCAGACAUGUUGGUGCUUUUUUUUUUUUUUGGGGCCAUGCCAGGUUCACUAUGAUUCACAGUUAGUGAGAGGUGGAGAAAUAUCAAGAAAGAGUUUGAAUACUGACAACACAUAUUUAACGCCCUAUUAAAGGCUUUUUAUUUUUUAUUUUCUGUAUGUACAAUUCUUUUUAUUUUAGCAAUAUGCAAUGGGCUUAGUUUGAAGCUGUGUUUUUUAAGAUAUAGUGUAAACGCUGCACUUUACACAUUACCAGUGGAGAUAAACGGAGUUGUGACAAUGUCUGCUUUGUCAGGUUGGAAUUUAUCUCAAAGAGGCCGACAUUAAGCACUAAGCCAAAUGAGCUGACAACAUGUGUCAUCAGACACAAUCUGUCAAUCAGAACUGUUCGCUUAAAUGUCGUCAUCUCAGAAUGUCGCGUUAACUUUUAAACAUGGCGACUUUGUUCACGCCUUGAUAGACCUAAAUCUGAAGAAACGUGGAUUUAACUGCUGGAACGAGAACAGUUCUGUCCGCCUGUAGCACGUCUAAGGUGUUCUUUUUCUCUCUGUGCUUCUUUAUGGCUACUGUGGAACUUGAAACAUUUGGGAAAAAUGUGUUUUAUUGUUUUAGCCUUUUUCUUUUGUUAAUUAUGCUGUAAUUAUAAAACAUCUGACUGGGGUUAACUUUAAUAUAUGUCAUUGGUUUUGA